AAUAUCUAGCUUUGUGUAUCCCGGGAGGGACUCAGCAACUGACGUGCAAAGAACUUGAAGCAGACGCUUCAACUGUCAAGAUGUUCCCCAAACUUCUCGUUUACCAGACGACAGCGUUGAUCGUGAAAUUAAUCCGGUGCAUGUCAGCAUGAGCUGUCACUGUGUGACAGCACUUUUGGCGCCGGUGUUUGUCAUUUUGCGAAGGAGCCGUCGUAUAAAUCAACCUCUCAGCUUUAGCCACCACAAACGCAUACGGAUCGACUGGCGACAAAAGUUUCUCUGCCGUUGGAUGAUGGCUGAUCCACGAUUUGGAUAGCUCAUCAUACAGCUCUCAUCCUCACAAUGGAAUGGCUGGUUGAGUUAAUGCACACAACAAAAUCCGCCGCUGAAUUCUCACGUGGGAAGAUGUAAUAAGUGAAGUUAUUGGACGAGAAAUCAACAGCAAGGAGUCAUAGUUGUAUGCCUUUUCGGACAAUUCGAGGCGCCAGAAAUGUGCGUGAUAAUUUUUUGUGUGAAAAUAGUAAUUGAACUCGCCUGCAGAAACUGUGACGAUUUUUUCUUGAAAAGGUUUUUAAGGUUUGGACAUGGGCGAAAUUUAAGGCAGACUUGAAUAUGUUCUUGGAUUCGUCGGCAGAAAGCGCACUUGGCUCGUGAGGGUGGAGACAGCAUAAACUAAUGCAUUGUUUUAAAACUCCGAAUUGUUAAAAUAAGCGAGGAAAUUUUUCUUGGAAGAAACUGCAAGCAAGGAAAGGAUGCAUUAAUGGAAGAACAUGGUCGAUAAACGUGAUGAUCUCUGAUACAAGUUGUCAGCUGGGUAGAAGAAACUGUAAGCAGUGGUGGUAAUACGAAGGAACCGGGAGGCGGAGGCGACAGGGAAGAAAGGAUUUUCUUGGGCCAUGGCGGGCGAGAUGGGGCACAUAUGGGAGCUUGACAACAAAGUGGAUGAUGGUAUUGAAGCCGAAGCUGGAGCAGUCCGUGGCAUGGGACAUCGCAAGGAGCUAAAAGCCACGACUGUUCUAAGGCUGGCAUUUCAGAGCCUUGGAGUUGUCUAUGGAGAUUUGGGGACAUCUCCUUUAUAUGUUUUUCGUAGUACAUUUCCACAAGGCAUUGAUGACAUUGAAGAUGUGUUAGGCUCCCUGUCACUUAUCAUAUACACGUUGACAAUGAUACCUCUAAUCAAAUAUGUUUUCUUUGUUAUGAGAGCCAAUGACAAUGGGGAAGGUGGGACAUUUGCUCUUUAUUCUCUACUAUGCCGGCAUGCCAAAGUUAACACAAUCCCAAAUCAGCAUCGAAAAGAUAAAGAAUUGACUACCUAUAGCCAAUGUGAAAUUGAAGGUAAAUCAGUAGCUGCAAGAACAAAACAUUGGUUGGAGGAAAAAAGCUAUCGCCAGAAUGCAUUAUUGAUCUUGGUUCUUUUGGGAACCUGCAUGGUAAUUGGUGAUGGCAUCCUAACGCCUGCUAUUUCAGUUCUAUCAUCUGUAGGUGGCAUCAAAGUUGACCAUCCCAGGGUAAGUAAUGAUAUAGUAGUUGUAGUUGCCCUGGUCAUCCUAGUGGGUUUAUUCAGCAUGCAGAAGUGUGGUAUCGACAGAGUUGGAUGGCUCUUUGCUCCUGUGGUUUUGAUUUGGUUUCUCUCCAUCGGUACCAUUGGAAUUUACAAUAUAUGCAAACAUAACCCAAAAGUUCUUAAGGCCUUUUCCCCUUAUUACAUUCUCGAGUUUUUCAGGAGGGGGAAGAAACAUAAGUGGGUUUCACUUGGAGGGAUCAUGCUUAGCAUAACAGGAACUGAAGCUUUGUUUGCAGACUUGGGUCAUUUUUCUUCAUUGUCUGUGCAGAUCGCAUUUACUGUGGUUGUCUUUCCUUGCCUGCUGUUGGCAUAUAUUGGGCAAGCAGCAUACCUCACACAACACCCAUAUGAUGUUUCAGAAGCCUUUUAUAGGUCCAUUCCAGAUGCUGUAUAUUGGCCUAUUUUUGCAAUUGCAACUGUUGCGGCUAUUAUUGGAAGUCAGGCAACAAUAUCUGCAACAUUUGCAAUUAUCAAGCAAUCAGUGGCUCUUGGCUGUUUCCCUAUGGUCAAGGUGGUACAUACAUCAAAACAGUUUGCAGGACAAAUUUACAUUCCUGAGAUCAAUUGGAUCCUGAUGAUACUUUGUUUAGUGAUUACUGCUGGAUUCAAGAAUACCACUCAAAUUGGGCAUGCUUAUGGCAUUGCUGUUGUUGCUGUAAUGCUGGUCACUACAAUUUUGAUGUCACUUAUCAUGCUCAUUGUUUGGCGAAGUAAUUUGCUGCUGGUGAUAAUCUUUACGGUAACCUUUCUAUCGAUAGAGAUGGUCUAUUUCAUGGCAGUAUUAUUCAAAGUAGGUCAGGGUGGUUGGGCUCCCUUGGUUAUAGCCGGAAUCUUCCUGGUUGUUAUGUAUGUCUGGCAUUAUGGGACUGUAAAGAGGUAUGAGCAUGAGAUGCAAAGCAAGGUGCCAAUAGCAUGGAUCCUUGGCCUUGGUCCUAGCCUUGGCCUUGUACGGGUUCCUGGUAUCGGUUUGGUUUACACAGACCUUGCCCGGGGAGUUCCACCCAUCUUCUCUCAUUUUGUCACCCAUCUGCCUGCAAUUCAUUCUAUUGUUGUGUUUGUGUGUGUCAAAUAUCUUCCUGUAACAACAGUUACUCCAGAAGAACGGUUCUAUGUGAAACGAAUUGGGCCGAAGGAGCUUAACAUGUUUCGCUGUGCAGUGAGGUAUGGGUAUACAGAUUUGCAUAAGAGGGAAGACGAUUUUGAAAACUUACUCAUGAAUAGCCUUAUCCAUUAUGUACACCAGGAAUCCCUGAUGGAUAGCUUCUUUGACUCAAGUGAUGACGAUGGAGAGGAUGAGAAGCCCUUGAAACCAGAAUGUUCAAACUUAAUAGAGAGUAAUGUUCAUCCUGACUCUGAGCUUGGUGAGUUAUCCGGUCCAUCGAUAACUUCUGAUGUAUCGUCAGAUACAAUGCUAGAGAAGAAAUCACCGCAACUUCAAUGUUCAGUUCUUAGUGAGACUAGCAGCGUCAAUAACAAUAAUCAUUAUGUAAGUGAUUUAGACUACUUGAUUAGUUGCAAAGAUGCAGGAAUAGUUCACAUUUUGGGUAACACAAUAGUAAGGGCAAGGAGGGACUCGAACUUUGUUAAAAGAGCUGCUGUAAACCACAUCUAUGCCUUCCUUAGCAGAAUAUGCAGGGAGAACAGUGUCAUCCUCAAUGUUCCACAUGAAAGCCUUUUAAAUGUAGGGCAAGUAUUUUAUGUUUGAAAGAACACUACUUAAAUGUUUAACAAAGUUAUAUUGAUUUUACAGAAAGCAUAUGAAUUAUGUACAUAAUUUUUUUUUAAUCAAGAUUAAUUCAGUUA